UCUGCCCUUUAAAAAGGAGACUCGUCAGGGGAAGUCUGUCUGCAGCCGCCUCUCCACCUGCAACACACACAUCAGCAAACACCGUCAACAUCUGCCCGCCAGGAUGAAGAAGAAGCUGAUCCUCGAUGUGGACACCGGGGUGGACGAUGCUCACGCCAUCAUGAUGGCCCUGGCCGCCCCCGACGUGGAGGUUUUGGGGAUCACCUGCUGCCACGGCAACACCCCCCUGGACAACGUCCUCAAAAACACGCUGCGUGUCCUGCAGGCAGCAGGCAGGCUGGAUAUCCCAGUGUAUGCCGGCUGUGAUAAACCCCUGCUGGCCCGUAAGCAGCACGCUGGAGAUUACCACGGGAAGGACGGGCUGGGGGACGUCCCGGACCCCAACGCCCCGGGGCUGGAGCUGCUGCACAAGAAGAACGCUGUGAAGGCCAUGAUGAAGAUGAUCAACGAAAACCCCGGAGAGGUGACUCUGGUUGCCACGGCGCCCCUCACUAACCUGGCCGUCGCCGCGCAACUGAACCCCAGGAUCUCUAAGAAACUGAAGGCGCUCUACAUCAUGGGAGGAAACACUGAAUCCAGAGGCAACACUACAACAUGUGGAGAGUUUAACUUCGUGGCUGACCCCGAGGCGGCCUACAUCGUGUUGGACCGCUACACCUGCCCCACCUACAUCGCCACCUGGGAGUUCAGCUGCAGGAACAGCCUGCCCUGGUCCUGGUGUGAUGAGCUACUGGCCCUAAACACACCAAAAGCCAACUUUGUGAAGACUAUCUCGUGCCUUUCCAACAAAAAAGCUCGGUCUGCAGACUACCAAAAGGAGAUCACAGAAGGAAAAGGCUUCAACUCCUGUGACACCUACGCUUUGGCCGCCGCCAUCAAUGAUACUCUCAUAACAAAGAGUGAAGAGGUUGCAGUGACAGUGGAGCUGGAGGGGAAAUUCACCCGAGGCAUGAUGGUGCUGGACUACAUGGGCCAGCUGAAGAAGAAGCACAAGGUCUUCAUCAUGAAGGAAAUCGACAAGGAGAAGUUAAAGCAGAUGUUCAUGAACUCAAUGAAGUAGGAAUGAAACACAUCAAUUGGGUGCAUCAGAAUGAAUAAACGUGACUUUCACAAUG